CACCCCCAAUUUUCCCCUCUGCGCCGCCGCCCCCAAUUUCCCCUCUGCGCCGCCACGCGCCAGAGAUGACCGCGCCCGACCACCCGAUUCCGCGCCUCUCGCCGCCGACGAGGGCCACGCCGGCGAUCUCCCCUCAGCCCGCCUGCCUCCUCUUCCCUCUCUGUUCUCCUCCUCUCUCCGCCCCCUGUUCAGCAGCGACCGCCCAAACUCGCCCCGAUCCAUGGCCAUCUCCUUCCGCCCAGCUCCGGUCCGUCACCGGUCGUCCGUGGCACGAGCGCUGCGCCUCCUCUUCAACCUCCUCAUUCUGCUCCACUCCUCCUGGACUGCCCACGUGCGCCUCCCCAGCCCCCAUGGACGCCUUCUGCGGAGCUGAGGUAUCGACGGUUGACCGCCGCCAUGACCGGCCUCGUGCGCAGCUCCCUGUCGCCAUCCCCUGCGCCUCCUCCCGCGUCUCCCCCAUCUCGCCUAUGCAGCACCGUGGCUGCACGUCGCCAGCGCCGUCUGCUGCAGACCCGCUCUCAACCCCCUGCGGUUCUUAUUGGUCUCUUCUUUGGAUGAGCUUUCUGAACACAGUCUGAAGCUUCCAAGAAGAAAAUUCCAUACUCUACUACUGACUUGCUUUCCGGUGUUCUGGUGAGAGAAAAUUUAGAAGCCAAGUUGUGCUAUAGGACAUAGGUAAACCUGCUUAUCUCAUUUAACUUAUGUUCUUGGAAACUAUCCUAAUAUCCUCCUGAUGCUUCCUAUUAUGUUUACACAUACCACUCUAUGGCAACGUGAAGAUAUACUAUGCCAAGGAGCUAAAAAAGGCGCUUGUUUUAUGAGUGCUCAGGCUCUGGUCUGACUUGUGCGGGCAAAGUUGAAAAAUGGUCGUAUGAGCCGAGUCACAAGGAACAAAGGAGUUCUUCAGUGAACUGAGGGAGCAUUUGACAUGUAUCGUGUAUGUGUACACGCACAUUUAGAUGGAAUGUGCUUAUGUUCCAGGGAAACAUUGUUUGUGCUUUAUUCGAUAUCAAAGAAAUAUUGGCAGGAUCCUACGCUUCCAUCAUUAGGGUUAAGCCAUAUUUACUGAAAUUUUUCUAGAGCUAUUCCCAUAGCCCAAACAAUGAAUUCUAGAAGCUAUGUAUUUUAGGCAAGAUCCGUCAGCGGCGAGGUACCCGAGUCUGAAGCAAUGCAGCAAACGUCCAAGUGAUUCUCCUGACCACGGCGGGGUACCCAGGUCCAAUGUGAUUAAGUGGUAGACACGGCAGUAGCAGAGUUGAUCAGCUCCAAGCAGCUUUGCAAUCGUAUACAUAUGUUCUCACCACAAUUAACUACACGUAGGCUCUGUCUCCCUCCUCUCCUGAGAAUUUGACAAAUGUUGUUAUCAAGGCAUUUUGUUCUUCUAAUCGAUUCUAGAUUAGAUAAACAUGUACUAUGUGUUUCAUAUGAACUGUUAAGAACCCAACAACACAUGGUUAUUUCAUCAAUCUUAUCAUCUUUUAGUUAAUGGAAUUAUCUAUUGAUUGUAGUAUUAAGUUUGCUUGUGUUUUCAGCUAAAAGAAAGGAAAAAAAGGAACAACAUACAUUUCUGCAUUGCUUCAUCCUUGCGGCUGAGAGAGGCAUGCGUUCUCCUGUGAAGAGUGCAUAAAUUGUUUUUAUUCGCUUGAUAUUUAUUUAUGCCAGCUAAUUUGCAGGUCUUACAAUUAAUACUAAUCUUUAGGCACAGGACCAGGACCACAUGGAUUGCAUCAUCUGGUUUAUGAAAUACUGAAUAAUGUUGUUGGUGAAGCUCAAGCAGGCUAUGCUACUGAGAUUAAUGCAGUCCUUCAUGAUGACAAUUCAGUUAGUGUAACUGACAACGGCCGUGGGGUAUGCAGUUCCUAAAACCUAUGAAAGACUUCCUGAAUGUUCAAUGCUUCUACAAAUAUUGUGGAAAAAGUAAUUGUUAUGUGUUCAGUUUUGUGCUGCUGCACGGUGUUUCAACACCCUGAACAUGGCGAUUUCGGGGCCUAUAGGAUGGUAGAUGCCUGGGCCCAUGGCUGCGAGCUCGGCCAUAUAGGCCCUUGAAAACUGACGGCGACACCUCUCUUCGGGCAGAAUGUUAUGCACAAGCACAAUGCCGCGACAAUUUUCAGAGUCAUAGACCCGCUGGGAAUUAGUGUUUGUGUUUUUGUUUUUAUGACGUCUGAACUUUAGCAGACAAUGUUCACUCACACAUGGCACAUGUGCUAAACCAGCCGGCUGUUCGUUGGAAAGUUAUACGAAAUCCGAAGCAAUCCAGC